ACCCCGUCUGCUGUCAGUUUUUUUUUCUUUGCUAAGUUUUGGAUGGGGGGCCAGAAACGUCUAUAUUUUGACUUGCUUCGGCAUCACCGUUAUACAGCAUUAACAUUUGUUUCAUUGACAACAAACUUACUGAAACACCUCUUCACACUCCGCGUCAGUCUUCUCAGUGUGUUUGAUUGAGAUGUAUGAGUGUCAAGGGAGCCAAUCAAGCCGCUGCUUGUCACUGCUACUUGCUGAGGUGACCCCCCUAUUCACCAUUCAGUCGGCACGCACAGCGCACGGGGGCGACGUUGGGCACACUUCACCGCGCUGGUCACACAGGCUGCGCUGGCGACGUGGAGAAGGUGCGAGGGAGCCGUUCUCCAUCCCCGACUGCGUUCAUUUCCGUCCGCUUCUCUCUCUCUCUCGCUGCGUUUUGGACGAGAACAUUUUGUCGAAGAAAGAAAGAGAGGCAUUAGAAGGAGACUAAACCCUGCGUACCAACAGCAACGGAAGAAACCGGGAAGCGAUACCAACACCCGCAGCACGCCGCAACCAUGGACUACGGACACCACCGCCACCACCACCGCCGCCGUUCCACUGUGACCCUCGCCACCUUCCUCGUGGCGUCUGUAGCAAAGAUGGCGCUGUGCACGGGACACGUCGAGUUCCAACUCGUGUCGCUCGUCAACGCGCACGGGGAACUCCACAGCGGGGAAUGUUGCGCUGGCGAGAGGCCCCGGGCCGGCGCGGCUUGCCCGCAGCAGUGCCGCACGUCCGUGUUGCUGUGCCUGCGGCAGUACCAGCAGGCGUCGAGCCUGCUCGGCAAGAGCGGCCCCUGCGUGCUGGGCAACGGCUCGACCCCCGUGAUCGGAGGGAAUAACUUCACGUUGCUCGGCAACGUCAGGGACGAGCGCGCGGGGCGAAUCUCCAUCCCCUUCAAGUUCGCGUGGCCGAGGGAGUACGUGCUGAUCCUGGAGGUGGUCGACAAUGACGCCCAUGCUGCUGCUGCUACUGCUGGUGGCAGCGGUGGCAGCAGCAGCGGCAGCAGCAGCACGGGGUCCGACGCGCAGCUGAUCACGCGGGUCACCCACGCGGGCAUGAUCAACCCGGGCGACCAGUGGCACGAGCACUCGGCGGUGGGCACGCGCGCCGUCAGGGUGCACUACCGCCUGCGGGUGCUGUGCGACGAGCACUACUUCGGCACCAACUGCAAACGGCUGUGCAAACCGCGCGACGACUACUUCGGCCACUACGCGUGCGAAUCCAAUGGCAACGUGGUCUGCCUCGAGGGCUGGACGGGUGGCGACUGCAAGGAAGCCAUUUGCAGACAAGGAUGCAGCGCCGAGCAUGGGCAGUGUGACAAUCCAGGGGAUUGCAAGUGCCAGUAUGGCUGGCAGGGCCAUUUCUGUGACCAGUGCAUCCCAUACACAGGCUGUGUACACGGCAGCUGCAGCAAUCCCUGGGAGUGUCGAUGCCACACCAACUGGGGUGGCCUGUUCUGCGACAAAGACCUCAACUACUGUGGCAACCACCAGCCGUGCCGCAAUGGAGGCAGCUGCUCCAAUGUGCAGCCGGACAGCUUCAAGUGUGACUGCCAGAAGGGCUACCACGGCGUGAGCUGCGAGAUCGUCGACGACACGUGGUGCGCCAACGGUGGCUCCGGGGUGGGGUCGCCCUCGGGCUUCAAGUGCCUCUGUGCCCUGGGAUGGACCGGAGCCAACUGCCACGAUGACAUUGACGAGUGCGCGUCGAGCCCUUGCGGUCAUGGAGGGACCUGUCUCAACCUGGUGAACGGGUUCAGCUGCACGUGCCCUCCACAGUGGACGGGGCACACCUGUCUCCUGGAUCAGGACGAGUGCGAUGACAACCCUUGCGUUCACGCGCGCUUCUGCAAGAACCUUUUCGGAGGCUACUACUGCGGUUGCCUGCCCGGGUGGACUAGACAGAAUUGUGACAUUGCUGUCAAUGACUGUGAGGGGAAGUGCUUAAAUGGAGGAGCAUGCAAGGACCUGACCAACGAUUACAGCUGCGAGUGCAAGCCGGGCUACACGGGCAGACGCUGUGAGACGGAGGCGGACGAGUGUGCUGCGAGCCCGUGCCUCAACGGCGGCCAGUGCAGGGACGCCAUCGAUUCCUACUACUGCGUUUGCACGGACGGCUUUGCCGGCGACAGCUGCCAACUGCACGUGGAAGUCUGCGUCCCGAACCCGUGCCAGAACGGGGCCCGGUGUGAGAACCUCCCCACGGGCGACUACUUCUGCCACUGCUCGGAGAACUUUGAAGGAACAAAUUGCACCCUGCUGAAGGACCAUUGCCUCACCUCGCCCUGCCAGGACAGAAUGGUGUUCACCGUGAGUGGUGCGCUGGGCUUCCUGCUGCUGCUGGCCACGCUGCUCCUCUGCCUGUGCUGCAUGCGGAGGAUACGAAACCGCCGGUCACCUCACCUCGACAAGGUGAACAACAAGGACAAGGUCACGGAGCCGCUCGACAAGGUCGUAAUCCGCAACCCAAUCGGUGGCGGUGGCGGCGGUGGUGGCGGUCAGAACAACAAGCGGCUCGAGAAAAAUGUAUGCCUUAUGGGAAAAAUGUCAACACACAAAAUCGAGCUGGAGGAAAUCGACAAGCUUGGAUUUAACAAUAAAGCGACGAUGGGCUACGGCGCCGGAUCGCUGGCCACGCCCGAGGAGCAACCGCUGAAGUCGAAGUAA